UGUGUGUGUGUGUGUGUGUGAUGUUAUUCAAGGACACGUUGAGCUAGAAAGCAGCCACUUGUUCCCACAUGAAACUUUUUUUUUUUAAAAACGCAAUAAAACAAAAAGUCUCACUUGUUCCGGUAUUGGCGUUGUGAACAAAGAUGGCUCCCCCUCAGAAGGCUCGGUUGGGAUGCGAAGUGGCGAGGAAAUGGAAAGCAACAGCUGCACCCGGCACCGCCUACAAGCGUGCCGGCGUGGCGCCCGCACCGCCCUGGCCCGGACACCCCCGCCGCAUGGGGCAGAUUUGGAGGGCCGAGUGUCCUCCCCGUCCGCUCCCUCACCUGCCUGUCUUCCAUGGCCGCCACGCGGAGGAGAGCGCCGAGCGUCCCCACCUGGUCACCAUCAUACGGCCCGGUCAGAGCGCAUUGCGGAAGGUCAGCGUGCUUUUGAACCGGAGGGGCGUGGUCUCUUUCGAGCAGCUGCUAUUGGACAUCUCCGAGGCGCUGGGCUUCCCUCGCUGGCACAGAUCUCGAGUGACACGACUCUUCACCACCUUCGCCUGGGAGGUGAAGAGCAUUAGCGACUUCUUCCGUGGCGAUGCGGCCUUCCUGGCGCUGGGCAAAGCUCGACCGGAGCUGAGCAGCCUGCAGGAGGCGCUGGAGGAGCUGUUCCCUGAGAAUUCCCGUUACCAAGCCGAGGCGCUGCUGGUCUGGGAGAAGAAACUCCGACCGGCGUUGGAUAAAGCCGUUAAAGCGGACAGCGGGUACAGCGAGGGGAUGAACCGGAACAAGAACCGUGGUCCAGAUGCAAGAGACGCGGCUCCGUUUGGGAAUGGAGACACGGACAAGGUAAAGAUGGCUGCUUCCAGGAAAGCCGCUCACCUGCCCAACCAUCUACAGAGGCUACGUGUGAGGGGCGGGUUCUGCGAGGCACCGCCACCUCUCAUUGGUCGAUUCAAGCAGGAACUGGAGCGCGAGAACGGAGACAAACACUUCACUUCUCUGUGUGAGGGAUGCUUAUCAAGAAGACCCGAACGUCCCAGUCCGGAAUGGGUGGACCCGCUUUCGGGAAGGGUCCCUCUUCCUCCAGUGUCCAGGAAGCAAAGAGGACGUUCACCACAGACACAGGAAGUGAGGUGGAGUCCUCCACCUCCAGGACUAGAAAAAGCCUCGGGUCCUCCCUCAGAGGGCAGCGAGGUCUCCCAGGCGGACAUCGAGCGCCUGUACGACAUCGGUCGCCAGGUCGGGGACGGCAACUUCGCCGUGGUGCACGAGUGCCGCCGCCGCAUCGACGGGCAGACUUUGGCCGUGAAGAUCGUGGAGCGCUCGCGGCUGGUGGGCCGAGAGCACAUGCUCCAGAACGAACUGUGCCUGCUGGGCAGCCUGCGCCACCCCCGCAUCGUGCGGCUGCUGGCCCACCAUCACACGCCGGCCCGCACCUACCUGGUCAUGGAGCUGGCCGGCGGCGGUGACCUCUUUGAGACCAUCAGCCAGCGAGGGAGCUUCCCUGAGGCCGAGGCCGGACUGAUGGUGUCGGACGUGAGCGAGGCGCUCAAGUACAUCCACCGUAGGAGCGUCGUGCACCGGGACCUCAAACCAGAGAACCUGCUGGUUGUCCACGCCGCCGCCGGCAUCACCAGACUCAAGCUGGCAGACUUUGGUCUCGCCAUGAUCGUGACCGAGCCCGUCUUCACCAUAUGUGGGACGCCGACUUACGUCGCACCAGAGAUUCUCUCGGAGACAGGUUACGGUGUCGAGGUGGACAUGUGGGCUCUCGGCGUCAUCCUCUACAUUCUCUUGUGCGGCUUCGCCCCGUUUCGAAGUCGAGAUCGGGACCAAGAGGAGCUGUUUCAGAUCAUCAAACAAGCGCAGCUCCACUUCCUGUCCCCGUAUUGGGACACCGUUUCACCAGAAGCCAAAGAUCUCGUCUCCGGACUUCUCCAGUCUGACCCCGCAGCCAGGAUGACCGCUGAGCAGAGCCUGCAGCACCCUUGGCUGAGGGCCAUGGCGUCGUGUUGCCAGCAGAGGGCGCUACGCUGCAAAGAUGACAGGAGCCCAGAUUGUCCAGAAGAAGAAUGGAGCCGACACACCAAAGCAGCCCACAAGAGUCCACGGGACUAUCUGACACGGCACCCAACAGAGACCCAGUCACCUGGGAGGCAGGCUUCUCAGGACGGUGCUGUCCACGCCCACUGCAGCGACCACCCGCCAAUCAAAAAAAACAAUCAGCCCAACGACAGGUAAUGCAGGGUUUGGUCCACAUUCAUCUUCUGGAACUUUCACGUUCUUGUUACCAUUGAUACUCAAUCAAAUACUGCAUGCAUGUCAUCCCUAC